AUGCAGUACUCUUUCGUUCACGUCUUUGUCCUUUCUUACCUGACUGCUCUCGGCCUCACCCUGCCAGCUGCUAGCCCGGCGCAAGGCAACUCGUUGGGCAGCCACCGUUUCCUCGCGCGGGGUGUCAGACGUCUGGAUACUCGGGCUCCUCAGCAGGAUCAAGCCGGUGCCAGCCAAGGUGCAAACAAUACCGCCGAUGCUGGCGGCGCCGGACGCAAUGGCGUCAGCGAUGCUCAGGUCAUGAACGCCGUCAUGUCCUGGAUGCAGGAUACCGCAAAGGUCACCAAGUUCCUCAACACCGCCACAUCCUUCACCGGCGCCGAGUUCACUAAGCAGGCCACUAUUGCGCUCAACGCCGAGAUCGACGAGCUCAACCACAAGAUGAUUCUCGACGCCGCCUUCCAGGGAACGGACAUGGUUACGCAAGCCAAUAACGUGCUCGACACGCAGGGUAACUUCCAGCAGGUCGUCGAUACCCUGCAGAGCAUGGUCACCAAUGGACCCGACACCGCGCAAAGGGACGUCAACUCCAUCAACCAGAACCGUUGU